CAGAUUACAACAAUCAUGUUUUUUUUAGAACAAAAACUAAAGUAAUGUUAACUAAUUAGUUGAACUUCAUGGGUAUUGGUGGGUCAAAAGCUAGCUGUUUAUCAAUUUCACCUGAUAGACAUAAAGCACAGGCAAAAAUUAACCAUGGUGAAGAAGAUCUAAGUCGUCAUACUGUACAGAAUCUGAGUGAAGAAAGACUCAGUGUUAGCCAACCUUCAUGUACAUCAUUGAGGAGAGCAAGCAAGUCAUCAAUAAAACCUGGUCAAAGAUUAAGUUUACAAAGCAGUCAUGGAAAGUUCAAAGAGCUAACUUCAAUAUUUGAUCCAGACGACCUAAUAUCAAUACAUGAUUUAUAUAACAUGUUAAAUGAUGGAUCAAUGAAGCCAUAUAUUCAUGAUCCUUUUAAUCUCUUACUUGUUGACACUAGAGAUUUGGAUGCUUUUUCGACUAACCACGUCAUUACUUCAAAGCAUCAUAACACUGUCAUGGAUACUUUCACAGGUAGAUUGAAUAAUUAUUCUAUGAUUAUUAUGUAUGGAUGCGAAUUAAAAGAAGACGGAAAUUCAAAAAGGAUGUCAAGCUUGCGUGAAAAUGUGAUGCAAUAUGUCGCCUGUGAUGUUUUAGUUUUAAAAGAGGGCUUUGAAGUAUUUCAAUCUGUGUAUCCAUUUUUAUGCACAGAGAAAAAUAUUGAAUCGAUAGCAGAUAGGAAAUUGCUUGUUUCGUAUCCAUCAGCCGUACUAGAAAAUAUGUUGUAUCAAGGUCGUGGAGACCAAGCCACAAAUGAAGGUAUUGUUAAUGUGUUGAAAAUCACACAUAUAGUUAACAUAACAACAGAACAUAGAAAUGCCUUUCCAAGUAAAAUAAAGUAUCUAAAACUUGUUCUGGAAGAUGUUAGCGAGACAAACCUUUUCAACCAUUUUUACAAUACAUCCGACUUCAUUAAUAAUGCCAUAUCAAAAAAUGGUCGGGUGUUAGUCCAUUGUAAUCAAGGUGUUAGUCGAAGUUCAACAAUCACAAUAGCUUAUUUGAUGCGUUUUAAAAAAUGGAACCUUCAACAUGCAUUUAGCAUACUGAAAGCUAGAAGAUCGUGCACAUGCCCUAAUCCUGGCUUUUUAAAGCAGUUAUCUGACUGGGAGGAGGAGAUUUUUGGCAAACGAGAGACAAAUAUAGACUCAUUAUAAUCAGGUUAAUGUGCUUGAUUGGGAUUUUUAUAAUGCUGUUUAUAAUUUGGUUUAAAGGUUAAACAUCCAUAAAUUUUAGAUUCUUGGUGAACCAAAAUUGUUCUUGAAGAGACAAGCAUACAUAUUUAUUUUUAUACUAUUUUUAACUUAUUAUUUAAGCAAUGUAAAUUUUGAUUCAAAAAUCCUGUACAUUAUUUUUAUUAAAUACUUUGUUUUUGUCAUAAUAAAAGGUAAAGUAAUAGCUAGUAUAUCAUUGUGAUUAAACUGGCUUUCAUAAAUAAAUUCUUAGUACCUAAAAUAUGAUUCUUUUAAGCAUAAUGUUUAUAAGCAUAUACAGGCUCAGGAUUAGUAUAAAAAUAGGCAUAUGGUAAGCAUAUCAAGCAUAGCUUUUCCACAGUUAAACCCAAUUGACCAUCACUGUAAUAUUUAGGACUACUUUGACAAUUUUUCAAAGCAGCUUAUUGAUUUGAAGUUUUAUUGAAAAAAUAUUUAUCAUAUUACUUUCGCUUUCUUUUAUAAACCAAAAUAGCAUGCCCUGUUUGGAAAAACAAGUGCUGUGACCAAUAUCUACCCAGGUAAUUUUUCUAAACAAACACGUAAAAUCUUAGCCUUUUUGCAAAUUAGGAUUACGCAUACACAAGCCUGAUUUCAAAAAUUAUGUAUGCUUAUAAUAAAAAAAUGUAUUUCGAUGUCUGAAACUUUUAGGUUUUAAUUUGGUCAAUAUUAGGUCAGAGCAGAAAUCUUAUUUAAAUGUAACUAAAUUUAAAAACAGAAAUUUAUGACAUUUUACAGAUAGAACAUGAUCCAGAUUUAGCAGGAAGUGACUUUUUGGAUUUCCUUACAUAAACAGAAUGUUUUUCUUUCCACAAGUUUCUGAUAUUGAAGUAAGUUAAGCUUUGAAUAAAGAAACUUUACAAUUUUCUUACUGGACACUUUGUUUUACGUAAAAUCCUCUAGCAUAGUACAUAAAAAUUCUCAAUAAAAAGAUAGUAACAGUUCAACUUUUGCUCCAUGCUUUCAGGGCAAUUUUUUUAUCACAUAUUAUAGCUUGAUUGAUGCACAUGGACACAUCAGUAAAAAAACAAACAAUAUUUUUAUAAAGAAAUUGCAUCACUACUAAAAUAGAGAUUGUUCAACAGAUGUAUAUAUUUAUAUGCAUUAUUUCUAGUGAUUUUAUAACUUAUGCAUAUAUAAUUUCUCACACUUUACUAUUUACAAAUUUUACUUUAUGUAAUUUAUAUCUUUGGUGUACUGUUUAUUUACAUAAAGGAAAAGAUCAACUUAUGCAUCUCUUUAAUUAGAGAAUGUUUUAGUAUUUGUUAAAAGCAGCUUGUAGGUUUUACAUUGUGUGUCAGCAAGGCAGAAUAUUUAACUAUGAUUUUCUAUGGAAAUUUGUGAUAAUAAUUGUCUUGAGACACAUUUUGCCAAGCCUUUCGUGAGUCACAACAGAAGAGUCACAACAGAACUCCCAAGCAUACCAGGUUUUUGAAAUUUGAUAUUUUGCAUCAUUUUUUUAAAUUUUGUAAAUAAAAAGUUACUACAAAGAAACAGUUGACUUCUAAACUUUCUGACGCUGCUAAAUGUCACUGAAGUCUAGUGAGUCCAGGAAAUAAGCACAACUGAUACUGAUGGUAUAAAGAUCUUCUUGAUACAAGACAUCAGCAUGGGCAUUACGCUUAUUAUGUAACACUUCCAGAAGGAUGAGAAAAACUUGUAAAAAAAAACAGACUGGCAUUAGGUUGAAGUUUUUUUUAAUUUUGUUACAGAUUGACUUUUGUUAAUAUUUUAUUGUUUUGCCAAGAUUUGCUUUAUAUUCUAUUCUUUAAUGCUUUCCUAAUUUUUUAAAGUAUUCACGACAACUAGUGAUUUAUCCUUUUAUAAUAACUUAGCAUUCAAUGCAGUCUGCUGUAUUCUUAGAAUAUUGUAUGAAAACCUGUGCAAUUUUAUAUCAGCUUGUGCACUA